CAGAGCAUAACAUCAUCAUCCGUCUGCUCCGUGAACAUGGCUUCACUGCUAACAACUCUCCUUCGACCUCCUCUGCUACCACCACCACCACCACCACCACCACGUCGUCACCAACAUGGCCACCGAAGACUGGACCAGUCUGGCAAAGGUCGACCCGGAGCUAGAGCCGCUUCUCCCACUGCUGCCUCCAACGUCGGCGCUUGUUGGGGACAUCGCAACCCUCCGCGCUGAGCUUACGGAGAGAAAGAAGGCUAUGAAUGCCGUCUUGGCUCCGGACAGCACUGGCCUUGACAUCUCCGAAACCACCAUCACAGCGUGUGAUGACUACCAGAUACCCGCCAGAAUCUACAAACCAAUCGACCCUCCAAGUCGUGGCAGCCCACUGGUCGUUUACCUUCAUGGCGGUGGCUUCUGUUUGGGUGGUCUGGAGAAUGAGGAUCUCACCUGCCGCACUUUCGCCAAGAACCUGGGCUGUACGGUGCUCAACAUUGCUUACCGCCUUGCGCUUGAACAUCCCUUCCCGGCCGGUAUCAAUGACGCAUGGAGGUCUGUGAAAUGGGCUGCUGCCAAUGCCUCUGAGCUCGGAGCAAAUCCCUCCCAAGGUUUUGUUGUAGGUGGUACUUCGGCUGGUGGAAACAUGGCUGCUGUCAUUGGCACACUUGCUCGAGACAGUAAGCUAUCUCCUCCGCUUACCGAUCUUUGCCUGUUGAUUCCUACCGUGACAAACAUGCACGACCCACCUACCAAGUACAAAGACGACCUGAAAUCUUUCGAGCAAAAUCAAGACGCUCCGCUUUUGAACCAACAGUCAAUGCAUUUAAUGAUGGCCGUCCUUAAGCCUGACUGGUCUUCCCCGCUGUUUAACCUAUACAGCGUGGUAAACCCAGUCAGUCGCAAUGGUCUGCCACCAACUUAUAUCCAAGUAUGCGGGCUGGAUCCGCUCCGGGAUGAGGGCCUCAUGUUAGAGAAAGAGUUGAGAACUGAAUGUAAGACUCCUACGAAGCUGCAAGUAUAUCCGGGCUUGCCACACAGCUUCUGGAGCUUUUUCCCACAACUCGAGGCAAGUAAGAAGUGGAAAAUUGAUACCAUGGAAGGUAUGAAGUGGCUGCUUAAAGUUGGGGACAAGCAGGGUAAAUAGCGACUUGCUUUAAUCCACCACGUUCGCCUACGAAAUAGCAGGUCCUUGUUCAGUCCUAUGGUUUAAUAAACAAUUCGAGCCCUCGGGUCCUCGUUUGCGCUUGUUCCUCUCUUCUACGUCUUAGCCAGUCUUUUCAGAGCCUGUAUCAGCAUGCCGCAAAAGCUCUCAAAAAUUACCUGGUCUAGCCCUUGGACCCAUCUUAUCAUAACUGCAUCAGUCUUGAUACUGACCAUAAAACCAAGUGCCACAUCAUUACUCCUGGUGUCAUUUUUGGCUGUCACAUGCUCGAGCUGCUCUUCGGUUUCUUCCCGCUUCCUUUUCCUUCGGGCAGAUCGUGACC